CAUCCAAGGCUACUGUGACUAGGUGUUACAGGUUGUGCUGGCUACUCCGUGGGGCUCUCUUCACCCAAGAUGGCCCUCCCGUUCCCCACCAUGGACGUGGUCCUCACAGCGGUCCUCAGCCUUCUCCUCCUGGCGCUGACCUUGAGCCUGGUCUGCUUCUUCACCUGCCGCCUGGCCAGGCCGCUCAGGAUUGGAACAUCAAUUAACUACUGACCACUGGCAGCCCACCCUUCCCACCCAUAUCCAUCAUACCUCUGGGCUCCAGAGAAAAAGCAGGUCUUGGAGUGCACCAUGAUUUCACCAUUCUUAGUGCUGGCCAUUGGCACCUGCCUUACCAACUCCUUAGUGCCAGAGAAAGAGAAAGACCCCAAGUACUGGAGAGACCAAGCUCAGCAGACCCUGAAAAAUGCCCUGAGGCUUCAGACUCUCAACACCAACGUGGCUAAGAAUGUCAUCAUGUUCCUUGGAGAUGGGAUGGGCGUCUCCACGGUGACGGCGGCCCGCAUCCUCAAGGGUCAGCUCCACCACAGCCCAGGGGAGGAGACCAGGCUGGAGAUGGACAAGUUUCCCUACGUGGCCCUCUCCAAGACAUACAACACCAACGCUCAGGUCCCUGACAGCGCGGGCACCGCCACCGCCUAUUUGUGUGGGGUGAAGGCCAACGAGGGCACUGUGGGGGUGAGCGCAGCGACCCAGCGCACCGAGUGCAACACCACUCAGGGCAACGAGGUCACCUCCAUCCUGCGCUGGGCCAAGGACGCAGGGAAAUCCGUGGGCAUCGUGACCACUACGCGAGUGAACCACGCCACCCCCAGCGCCGCCUACGCCCACUCUGCUGACCGGGACUGGUACUCGGACAACGAGAUGCCCCCGGAGGCCCUUAGCCAGGGCUGCAAGGACAUCGCCUACCAGCUCAUGCACAACGUCAGGGACAUCGAGGUGAUCAUGGGGGGCGGCCGGAAGUACAUGUUCCCCAAGAAUAGAACCGAUGUGGAGUAUGAGAUGGACGAGAAGGCCAGGGGCACGAGGCUGGACGGCCUGAACCUCAUCGACAUCUGGAAGAGCUUCAAACCGAAACACAAGCACUCUCACUAUAUCUGGAACCGCACUGAACUCCUGGCCCUCGACCCCUACACCGUGGACUACCUCUUGGGUCUCUUUGAGCCAGGGGACAUGCAGUAUGAGCUCAACAGGAACAACGUGACUGACCCUUCACUCUCCGAGAUGGUGGAGAUGGCCAUCAAGAUCCUGAGCAAGAACCCCAAAGGCUUCUUCUUGCUGGUGGAAGGGGGAAGGAUUGACCACGGGCACCAUGAGGGCAAAGCCAAGCAGGCACUGCACGAGGCGGUGGAGAUGGACAGGGCAAUCGGGCAGGCAGGCGCCAUGACCUCCGUGGAAGACACGCUGACCGUUGUCACCGCCGACCACUCCCACGUCUUUACCUUUGGCGGGUACACCCCCCGUGGCAACUCUAUUUUUGUGCCUCCCUGUGCAGGUCUGGCCCCCAUGGUGAGUGACACAGACAAGAAGCCUUUCACUGCCAUCCUGUACGGCAACGGGCCUGGCUACAAGGUGGUAGGCGGUGAGCGAGAGAAUGUCUCCAUGGUGGACUACGCUCACAACAACUACCAGGCACAGUCCGCCGUGCCCCUGCGCCACGAGACCCAUGGCGGGGAGGACGUAGCCAUCUUCGCCAAGGGCCCCAUGGCACACCUGCUGCACGGCGUCCACGAGCAGAACUACAUCCCCCACGUGAUGGCUUACGCAGCCUGCAUCGGUGCCAACCGCGACCACUGUGCCUCCGCCAGCUUGUCAGGCAGCCCCUCCCCAGGCCCUCUGCUGUUCCUGCUGGCCCUGCUCCCCCUGGCCAUCCUGUUCUGAGGGCCCAGGGCCUGGGCAUCUACCAGCCCACGACAGAUGGCUGGCCUCCCUCUCCAAGUGCUGCCCACCCCCGGCAGCCCACACCUCAAGGGGCGGGAGGCAGAGGCCUCCACAGCCUCUGCAGCUGCCAGAAAGGGGACCCAGGAAACCAAAGUCUGCCUGCUGCCCACCUCGCUCCCCGCUGGAAAUCUCCACCAGUUGCUGGCCUCCAGCCUCUGCCCCCACCCGCUGCCCCUUUGGCCAACAGGGUAGGUUUCUCUUGGGCAGGCAGAGAGCAUAGACUGCAGAACUUCUCAAAGCAUCUUAUUUUUCUAGCAGACGUAUUUCUCCAGACCCAGAGGCCUUGGAGCUUCUACAGAACAUUCCGGAUCUGACCCUCCCACUCCCCUCUCCUUCCCUCUGGAAGCCACCAGGCCCCACCAGGCUCAUGUCCCUGUCCCCAAGCCCAGUCCUAACUGCAGGGGAGACCAAGUCCUUCUCCUCAGGAUGGGGGUUUGCUCACUCAUUCCAAGGCCGCCUGGGGCUCCCAGGAAGUCAGCUCCUGGGACUGGCCAUCCAGCCCAGGGUGGCCCAGGCUGGGAAGGGCAGCCUGGCAGAGCAGACACUUCCCAGCUCUGAACACACAUGCCAGCUCCUCUCUGAAGUGACUCUCCUGUUUGGAGCAGCCAAAAACUUUUCUCUUUUUGAUGUUGGUUAAAAGGGAACACAAAACAUUUAAAUAAAACUUUCCAAAUAUUUCUGA